AUGAAGGGAACUAAGUGGGGGAAAAUGUAUGAUCAGAGCAUCAUUGACAUAUUUCAACUGGGUGUAAGAAGCAUCAGGUACAGUUGCAUAAAAGAGUGUUAUUGGGAAGCUCCAGAUCAAGGUUUCAUUCUAUUCUGCUGUGAUAGUUCAUCAUUUGGCAAUCCAGGUGCAGCUGGAUUUGGUAUUAUUGUCAGGGAUUCAAAGUGUGAAGUUGUUGGAGCAAUGUCAGUAGGGGUUGGAUCUGCAACAAAUUAUAUUGCUGAAAUAUUGGCAGUAAUCUGUGCACUGGAGUGGGAUUUUUUCUUGAAUGCUUUCAAAAUCAUCAUAAGGUCAGACUCAAAAACGGUUAUACAUGAUUUUUGCAAUGACAACAUUCCCUGGAUGUUCAGAACAAGAUGGAUUAAUGCAAAAAACAGACUGGGUUGCAUAGUUUUCCAACAUAGUUAUAGAGAAACCAACUUUUCUGCAGAUGAUUUGGCUAAAAAAGGUACAAGUAUACAAGCUGGAGAAAGAGUCAUUUACUCAUGA